UUACAGUGUGUGCAGCCUCGCCACCAUUUCCAUCACAUUACCCUUUGAGAAAAAGCAUUUCACUUCCCUGUUUUGGCUGAGUGCUCAGAUAAAUCGCUGUGCCGCUUCAUAAACCUGUUGGCGCAAGCUUGUCAAGAUGUUUGUGUGAUUUCUGUGACUUCAAACUAAAGUGAACUAAUGAGGGAUAACUUCUAUAGAAUGAUCAAAGCAUGAACCUGGACCUAAACUCCUCCAACAUGUCUGUGGAGUCCGGUGCCGAACGGCCCCAGCAGGGACCGGCGGAGUACCGCAUAGCGAGCCUGGUCUUCUACUGCUUUGUCUUCGUCAUAGGAGUCGUAGUGAACUCCUCAGCUCUAUGGGUGUUUUCUCUCACUACCAAAAAGAAGAACUCUGUCACCAUCUACAUGAUAAACGUGGCGGUGGUGGACCUCACUUUCAUCCUGCUGCUUCCCUUCAGAAUGGUUUACCACCACCAGGACUACUGGCCCUUUGGGGACAUUUUCUGCCGAAUCAGUGCCGCUCUCACUAUCUUUUACCCCUGCAUGGCUCUGUGGCUGUUCGCUCUGAUCAGCGCCGACCGCUACAUGGCCAUCGUCCAGCCGAAGCACAGCAAAGAGUUGAGGAACGUCCCGAAGGCUGUGGUGGCGUGUUUAGGGGUCUGGCUCAUGACUCUUGGCAGCUCCGUACCCCUGCUCUUCUCCCAGGACGAUCCCGAUCGCAUCUCCAAUUUCACCACCUGCAUCAAGAUGCAAGACAUCAUCUACAUGCGUCACGACAAUCUCGUCAACUUUGUGCGACUCAUCUUCUUCUUCCUGGUCCCCAUAUGCAUAAUGAUCGGCUGCUAUGUUGUCAUCGUGGAUAACCUGAUCCACGGCCGAACCUCCAAGCUCAAACCCAAAGUGAAACAGAAGUCAAUCCGGAUUAUCAUCACGCUGAUUGUCCAGGUGUUGGUGUGUUUCGUGCCAUUCCAUGUGUGUUUAGUGCUCCGUUUGGUGGGCAAUGGCAAAGAUGGCGGGUACAGCACGUGGGCGGUCUUCACCACAUUCCUGAUGAACUUGAGCACGGUGUUAGAUAUCAUCCUGUUCUACAUUGUCUCCAAGCAGUUCCAGGACCGGGUGAUCAGCGUGAUCCUGUACAGGAACUACCUGCGAAGUGUGAGGCGGAAGAGCAGGCACACACACACAGGCAGCCUCCGAUCGAUGAGCAACCUGACCGCGAUAAUAUGAAACAACCAUCAAACUUUUGUGUGUCAAACAGCAAACUGAUAUGCACGCUUUGGCACAAUGUAACACUGAAUGCUUCACUGUGUACAUGGUUCAUUAUCAAAAGGAUCAAAACUUGCAAUUAAUUUUCAAGGUGUAAUUUACACUCACAGUAUGGGAGUGCUGCUGUUGUGGCAAAAACAUCUGUGUUCAGAGCUGAUUGACUCACCCAUGAGACUUGAGAUGUUUUCUGUGCAUCUUUGCUCUGGCAGACAAAGCAUGAAUAUCUGUGGCUCAGGUGUAAUACAUGCAGGCGAAAAUAAAACUCAUAAUCAUAAAAAAAAAAAAAAACAGCCCACAGUAUUUCAGUGUUAGCUGUGUUAUGGUGCAUAUACACUGACACACUUCUGAGCCAUGUCAACCAACACCUAGCGCCUUUCUCCACGGGGGGAAACCAACAGGAAACAACGGUGGGUUCAGAAAGGUUGCUGCUUUUGUUUGGUCUCUGUAUCUGUAACUUUGUUUCCUCAGUGCUGCAUCAAACCUAAAUAUAGCUAUCAGUGCUGCAUGUCGUCAUGCACAUUCAAAUAAAUGAAGUAUGCUUGUCUGGUGUCACUUCACAGUGUCAUAUUUGUAGAGUUUAAGCCCAACCACUUGAUAGAAGACAUCAUUUUAGCACAAUCCACACUUGUUCUGAAAGUUGCUGUUAAAAAAGUGACCAGGUGAUGGCAGCAUGGCACAGCUAGAACCCAUCUACCUGCCAGAGCAAGACAAAACAGUGCUUUCUAUACCUUUAAAGUACAUUAAUGCUAUAUUUUUUUUAUCCCGAGCUUUAUAAUUCUUUAUACUUUUUUUGUUUCUGCCUUUUAUUGCAUUUUAACUAGCUUCAUAAAUGCAUAUAUUUCCCCUUUUUAUCCUGUGAUUUAACCAUUCCACCUCAUCACAGAGAAGUUGUUAACUACAGUCGUAACAGCUUCCUCGACCAGGAGUCGGACUUAAAGUGUGUUUAUGGUGCAAUGCGAAUCAUAUUGAUUAGAUGUUAAAUGAUUCAGCCACUUGAAGUGCAUUUACAGUAACAUCCUCAAGAGAUGUCAGCGAGGCUAUUUACUAGAUUUAAAGCAACCUUAACCUUAAAAGAGAAAACCUUUUCUGCACAGGGAGACUUUAAUGUCAGGACUCUCUGCUGAAAAUAUAAGCACCACGGUGUAAAAUCCUGCUAAUACUCCACAAUUUAUUCAUCAGACAAGAGAUGAGUUAGAAGAUUUGACAGUUCUAUUUCUAUGAGGAGAAUUUUUUAUUUAAAUUAAGAGUAAAAACUCAGGUUUAAAUG